CAUGGCUGCAAUAGAACUUUUCAACAGACUCCGAGAAGCAUGAAAUGGAGACAUGGGAAGUUUCUGUUCCAGAUGAUCGAGCUGAACAACGAACCUGUCUCAUUUGUGGGGACCGCGCUACAGGAUUGCAUUAUGGGAUCAUCUCCUGUGAGGGCUGCAAAGGGUUUUUCAAGCGGAGCAUUUGCAACAAACGGGUUUAUCGGUGCAGCCGUGACAAGAACUGUGUCAUGUCUCGGAAGCAGAGGAAUAGGUGCCAGUACUGCCGUCUUCUCAAAUGCCUCCAGAUGGGGAUGAACCGGAAGGCUAUCAGAGAAGAUGGCAUGCCUGGAGGCCGGAAUAAGAGCAUUGGGCCAGUCCAGAUAUCAGAAGAAGAAAUCGAAAGGAUCAUGUCUGGGCAGGAAUUUGAGGAAGAGGCCAAUCACUGGAGCAACCAUGGUGACAGCGACCACAGUUCCCCCGGGAACAGGGCUUCAGAGAGCAACCAGCCCUCACCAGGUUCCACACUGUCUUCCAGUAGGUCUGUGGAACUCAAUGGAUUCAUGGCAUUCAGGGAACAGUACAUGGGAAUAUCUGUGCCUCCACAUUAUCAAUACAUACCACACCUUUUUAGCUAUUCUGGCCACUCGCCACUUCUGCCCCCACAAGCUCGCAGCCUGGAUCCCCAGUCAUACAGUCUGAUUCACCAGCUGGUGUCAGCGGAGGACCUGGAGCCAUUGGGCACGCCCAUGUUGAUUGAAGAUGGAUAUGCUGUGACACAGGCAGAGCUGUUUGCCCUGCUUUGCCGCCUGGCCGAUGAGCUGCUCUUUAGGCAGAUUGCCUGGAUCAAGAAACUGCCUUUCUUCUGCGAGCUCUCAAUCAAGGAUUACACGUGCCUCUUGAGCUCUACAUGGCAGGAGCUAAUCCUGCUAUCCUCCCUCACCGUUUACAGCAAGCAGAUCUUUGGGGAACUGGCUGAUGUCACCGCCAAGUACUCACCCUCUGAUGAAGAACUACACAGAUUUAGUGAUGAAGGGAUGGAGGUGAUCGAACGGCUCAUCUACCUGUAUCAUAAAUUCCAUCAGCUAAAGGUCAGCAACGAGGAAUAUGCUUGCAUGAAAGCAAUUAACUUCCUAAAUCAAGAUAUCAGGGGUCUGACCAGUGCCUCACAGCUGGAACAGUUGAACAAGCGAUAUUGGUACAUUUGCCAGGAUUUCACUGAAUAUAAGUAUACACAUCAGCCAAACCGCUUUCCUGAUCUCAUGAUGUGCUUACCUGAGAUUCGAUACAUUGCAGGAAAGAUGGUGAAUGUACCCCUGGAGCAACUACCCCUCCUCUUUAAGGUGGUGUUGCAUUCCUGCAAGACAAGUGUGGGCAAGGAAUGACCUGUUCACAGCAUCCUCCUCGGGCCAACCACAACGCCUCUGGUGGGCAGGAUAGGCUCUGGAGGGAAAAGCCAGAGAGACCAAGAUGGAGGCUGUGAAGCAGCAUUUCCAGUUGCCUCCAUAGCAAGAAGAGUUUUUGUUUGUUUGUCUGUUUUUUAACCUCAUUUUUCUAUAUAUUUAUUUCACGACAGAGUUGAAUGUAUGGCCUUCAACAUGAUGCACAUGCUUUUGUGUGAAUGCAGCCGAUGCAUUUCCUUGCAGUUUACAGAAUGUGAA